UCCAAGUUAUCACAGUGGCGACGAGAUAGACGAACCAACAAAAAAAUCACAGUUUUAAUUAAUAACAAAGUGUAAGAAGUGAUAAAGUUGAAAAAGCAAAAUUGCAAAAUAGACGCAGUCGAUCUGCUUUUGUUUUUGCAUAAUGGCGGCCGCUUGACAAAAAUGCAAAAUCUUCACAACGUGUGCCACAAUAAUAUUUGUUUAAAAAGCGACGAACUUGACCUUGAAUUAGAUGUCGGACGCCGAAAUCAGUGACACUACGGACGUACGGACAACAGGAUAGAUUUACAAACUGUCAAAAAUUGAAUUGCAAGAAUACUUGAAUAAGCUUAAAAUCACAUUCGAUGAACAGCAAACCGUCGACGAAUUGCGACAAAUAUUGGUAAAAUAUUGCAAAAAGAAACAAAAUAUAAACGCGAGCCAACCCAAAAUGUCACACGCACACAUAACCCAUUUAAAUCUUCAACCAUUUGAUGGCACUAAAUGGGAAUGUUUUGAACAACAAUUAGAAUGCUAUAUUGCAUUGAAUGACGUGCCACAGGAGAAAAAAGUGCCCCUGUUGUUAACAAAAAUAACACCUCAGGUUUUCGAAAUUUUGACGUCUCUGUGUAACACAAAAAAACCUGCAAGUCUCUCUUAUGUUGAGCUUACUACAAUUUUGAAAAACAAAUACGUACCAAAAAAGUCUAUUGUUUUGGAACGUGCGACGUUCCGAAGUCGGAAUCAGCUUCCAAAUGAAAAAAUAGAGGAUUAUGUUACAGAACUUCGGAAGUUAGCUAGCAAAUGUCAAUUCAAGGACUCCGAGGAUCAAUUAAAAGAAAAGUUCAUCGACGGUGUGCAUUCCAAACUCAUUAAAUUUGAAUUACUAAAAGCGGAUACAAGUCAGACAUUAGAAGAUUACAUUACUUUGGCUAGAACGGUAGAAGCGGCAUUAAAAGAAACAGGGCAGAAGGCAGAAGUGGAAGCUAAUGUUUACUAUCAGCAAACUAACAGAAACAAAUCAUUUCAAGGUAGACCAACAAGAGGGAAGCCAAGCAUGAAUAAAGCUACUAGGUGUUUCUGCUGCGGUGGUCACAAUCAUCUGCGUUCAGAGUGUACGCUGCGCCAAAAAUAUUGUUCGGAAUGUGGUCAACAAGGACACAUUUUUAAGGUCUGUCCCAAGAAGAAGAGUUUCAAAAUUAACUGUAUAGAGAAAGAGGAAACCGAGGAUAUCUCAGAAAACCAAAAAAUGGAUGAGUACCAAAUGUACUAUGUAAAUAAGCCAGAGCUGCAAUAAAGGAAAGGUUCGCAGAAGUAUUUAGUGAAGGAUGGGGAAAUUUUAAAGGUGAAACCAUCAGCCUUAAAUUAAAAAAGGAUGCCAAACCAAAAAGCCUGCCGGUACGCCGAGUUCCAAUUGCACUUCAAGACAAGGUAAAAGCUGAAAUUUCUAGACUUUUACAAAAUGGUAGAAUUGAACCCGUGGAGACCAGUGAGUGGGGUACACCUGUGGUUCCAAUUUUAAAGGGAGAUGGUUCGGUAAGGUUAUGUGGAGACUACAAAUUAACCGUCAACCCACAUUUAGAGGUGGAUCACUUUCCAUUGCCUCAUAUAGAAGAGAUAUUUAAUUCCCUUAAUAAUGGAAAAUACUUCUGCGAGCUGGACCUGAAAGAGGCGUAUCAUCAGGCACCAUUAGACGAAGCCUCAAAAGAUUGUACAGUUAUUGUUACAGAAGUGGGCACAUUCAGGUAUAAUUAUCUUCCUUAUGGUGUGAGCACAGGACCAGGGUCAUUUCAGCGGCUCAUGAGUAAAAAAUUAUCAGAUAUUCCAAAUACUGCUGUAUUUAUAGAUAAUAUUUAUAUUAGUGGUAAAGAUAUCCAGGAUACAGUAGACACUUUAUCUAAGGUUUUAGAGAGGUUACAACAAAGUGAAUUUAAGUUAAAAAUACAAAAAUGUAAAUUCUUUGAAAAAAGCAUUGACGUGUUUGGCUUUACGAUCGACAGCAAUGGUAUUCGGGUAAAUAAAGAGAAUAUAGAACCAUUACUGCAGGCCACACCACCCACAAAUGUAACAAUGUUAAGGUCAUUUUUAGGCAAAGUUAACUAUUAUUCUCGUUUCUUAAAAGAUAUGGCCAGCAUAUUGACACCAUUAUAUGAAUGUACCAAAGAAAAUAAAUUCAAGUGGACGCACCAAUGUGAUAAUGCUUUUGUUAUGAUAAAAAAUAAGCUGGCUAACAUGGAUAAUCUAACUCAUUACGAUCCUAAUUUACCUUUAAUUUUAAGUUGUGACGCAUCAGAGACAGGCUUGGCUGCAGUAAUUUCAAAUAGAGACAGAAACGGAGUCGUAAAACCAAUUGCUUAUGCAAGUAAAAAACUGAAUGAGACAGAGAUUAAAUAUUCUACUAUAGACAAGGAAGCUAUGGCAGUAGUGUUUGGUGUGACAAAAUUCUAUAAUUAUACAUAUGGUAGGAGUUUUGAGUUAGAAACUGAUAGUGCAGCUUUAGUACGCAUUUUUGGCCCAACUAAAGCCAUUCCUAGAAUGGCGGCAAAAAGGUUGCAACAUUAUGCAAUUUUUUUGUCAGCAUUCAACUACAAAAUUCGACACAUUAAAACUGAUAAAAAUCCAGCAGAUUUUUUAUCACGGACCCCUAUGCUAAUUAAUAAAAAUCAAGAUACUAUGCAUCCUAUUUGUACCGAUGCAGAGAUAAGUAAUAUUUAUUACAUUCAAAAUUGUGAAAUUAAUAACUUGGACUGGAAAUCUAUACAGGAGGCAACCAGAAAAGAUGUAACAUUAGCCAAAGUCAUAAGAUAUACCAUGGACGGAUGGCCUGACUUAAUGAUGGACAAAGAAUUGUCAACCUACGGUAAUAAGAAAACUGAAAUAAGUUUUGACAGAGGUUGCCUUUUCUGGGGUUAUAGAAUCAUCAUACCGGAGUCAUUAAGACAGGCAAUCUUAAUUGAACUACAUAAAAGUCAUUUCGGUACUGUACGUAUGAAGCAGCUGGCACGCUCUUACUUCUGGUGGCCAGGCAUAGAUGCAGAAAUAGAGAAAAUCACAAAUGAUUGUCUUACUUGCCUUUCAGUUCGGAAUAAUCCCACUAAGGGGCACCAGAA